UGGGUAACCGGUGAUCUCGUGUGUGUCCGUGUGUAUUCACAUAUAUAUGUGUGUGUGUGUGUGUGGCAUUGCACUUUCCGCUGGGAUUAUUUACUGUAUUACACGAUAAGUUUAUUAGACUGAUCAGUAAAAUGGACGUAACGGAAACACGCUGUGAUCUGACUUACUGCAGGAUGAGAGGGAUCGUGUCCGUGCUGACCGCCUUCAUCAAAGAAAGGAAAAUGGGCUUAAACGACUUCAUUCAGAAGAUGGUCUCCAACCCUCACAUCUGCCAACACUCUCAGGUAGACCAUUUCCUGAAGAUUGACGAGAACCAGAACGAGGAAAUGGGAAGAGACAGCCCCGCGAGGAGCUCUCUAGCCGAGGAGAUUCAAAUCAAACCCUGCGACUUCGAAUACCUGAAGAUCAUCGGCAAGGGGAGUUUUGGAAAAGUUCUGUUGGCCAGACACAAAGAAACGGAGCAGUACUAUGCCGUGAAGGUGCUCCAGAAGAAGAUCAUUAUGAAGAAGAAAGAGCAAAAGCACAUCAUGGCUGAGCGCAGCGUUCUUCUGAAGAACCUCAAACACCCGUUCCUGGUAGGGCUUCAUUACUCCUUCCAGACCACCGAUAAGCUCUACUUUGUGCUGGACUACGUCAACGGUGGCGAGUUGUUCUACCACCUUCAGCGAGAGAGGAUUUUCCUGGAACCCAGAGCUCGCUUCUAUGCUGCUGAAAUCGCCAGUGCUCUUGGCUACCUCCAUUCCCUGCACAUUGUUUACAGAGAUCUCAAGCCGGAGAACAUCCUCCUGGACUCUCAGGGCCACAUCGUACUCACUGAUUUUGGCUUGUGUAAAGAGGGACUGGAACCCGACGGCACCACCAAUACGUUCUGUGGCACCCCAGAGUAUUUGGCCCCGGAGGUCCUGCAGAAGCAAGCGUAUGACCGCACGGUGGAUUGGUGGUGCCUCGGCUCCGUCCUUUAUGAGAUGCUCUACGGAUUGCCUCCUUUCUACAGUCGCAACACAGCCGAGAUGUACAACAACAUCCUGCACAUGUCUCUGGUGCUGAAGCCGAACGUGUCCAACGCUGGGCGCGAGCUGCUCGAAGGGCUUCUACAGAAGGACCGCACCAAGAGGCUGGGAGUGAAGGAUGACUUUCUGGAACUCAAGAACCACACCUUCUUCUCCCCCAUCAACUGGGAUGACCUAAUGGCAAGAAAGAUCACACCUCCAUUUAUUCCCAAAGUGACGGGUGCUACUGACCUCAGGUACUUUGACCCUGAGUUUACACACUUGCCUGUCUCCAGCUCCGUGUGCAACUCCGACAACCUGCAAGUCACGAGCAGCGUCCGCGAGGCGGCCGAGGCUUUCCCGGGCUUCUCGUAUGGCCCUCCAGCCGACUUCGCCUUCCAGUAGUCUCUUCCAGUCCUCUGUAAUCCCCACAUUCCAGACAAGAACCUGCAACAGGAUACCUGCUCAGUGAACAGGAGGGACCAUAACGGAGUUAUGACGAAGGACCACCUCGCUGUGGACGUCUGAGGUCGUCCGUGUAAUGUUUAUGGACCUCAACAGAGGUAAAAAUAAAACAACCAAAAACAAAAAAAAACAACGGACUACACCCAUGAAGCAAAAAGUGUGCCAAGUGUCUGGCUGAAGAAGUUCCUUAUUGUGGGGAGGUUAAGAAGUGCCUGGAGGUUUUAAAGCGUUAAUGACUAUAAUGGCCAGGCUUUGAAUAAAGCUCAUGGGACUGAAGUCGAUGCCUUUCAGAUAUGCAUGCGAUCAAACUUUGCAGACGGAAACGGUACUGAAAUGCAAUAUUGCACACGAGGAGAAAAAAGUAUGACGUAAACUGUUCAACAACAGCUUAUAGCUAGAGGUUUCUGCGUAAACGUGGCGUCCUUUUUAAAUGACACGUGUUUAUGCACGUUACACAAACACCUACAAAUGAAAAUGUCCAAAUUCUUCUCAAGAUAACUUGAGUGUUGGUUUGUUGUUUUCUCUUCAAAGAGCUGAUUUCAUUUAGUUAUAAAAUCACGUAGCUGCUAUUCAGUAGAUAUUAUGAGAACUUCCUUCAUGUUUGUCUGCUAAGCACUUUUAUACUGUGAUGCGUGCUCAUGUAAUUUGCUUGUUAAUCGAAAAUAUCAUUCAACCAGAAAACCUGCUUUAUUUCAAUACCAGUAGAGAGAAAAAAACCUGUAACAUCACCAGGCUUAAUCGGAUGGAUGUGUCAUAUACAUCUGUUCCAGGUCAAGCACAGAAAGAACCACAAAUCUUUUGAUGGAUGCACAAAUGCUACCUGUUUGGACAUUAACUCCUCCCAUCUCUGUUGUGUAAAACGUUGCUUCCGUGCAACUACAGUAUAUGUAAUUUUACAUUAAACAACAGAUGAUUAGAGAUAAAAGUAGCUACUUCUAGACUAUGUCUCAGAUCACAGAGAUAUGACAGUAAAGUUCGACAGGCCUUUCAUGGGUUAAUGGAUGAUAAGGUGCAUUUGUUUGUAUUGCUGGACCAAUCUUAACCUUCUGUAGAAACGUAACAAGUUAUUUUCUUCCAUAUUUGGAAGUUUAUCAGUUUAUUUUAUACAAUUUCAUGUAUAUUUAUUUUACAUGACAUUCUGUACUAUAUUGCUGAUUUUCAAUUUAUUAGAAUUAUUAAAUAUUUUACUGUGAUGUUUAUUA